UGCUGCUGCAGUUUAUUAUUUUGACUUUGCUUGUACUGACGGACUGAUGUCUGUUUUCUGUAGCUUCUGAGUUGAAGAACAGCUGUAAACAUGUGUUUAAGGGACACACAGGACUUCUGUAAAACCUGCAGGGGACUCUCACAGUUGUCUGAGGUGUGGCUGAAGACUCAGCCAUGAUCACCAUCAUCAUCAUGACCAGGGCUGGGGGAAACUGCAGGGAGUGGCUCCCAGCAGUUUAUGGCCCCUAGCACAGUGUAAAGUCCUCCUGACAGAGCCACAGGCGUCAGAUUAUCAAGAAAUAAGUGGAGAGAGACCAGGGCCUUCACCAGCUCCUCCAUUGAAGCUUUACUUCAAAAACCAGGCCUUGUGACUUUUCAUUCCCCGUUGUUCCACAUUUAAAGGCUUAAGAUCAAAAGUUUUGUUUUCUUUCUGUUUGUGGCUUCUGGAUUUCCUCAGAGGGGCUCUCAGUCAUUUUGUUUCAAGAGGUUUCUGGAAACAUUGACAUCAUGUCGACGGCUUUGGAAGCAACCGGGUUCAUGAUGGGCAUCAUCAGCUGGCUGGUCACCGGAGCGGCACUGGCUAACGACUACUGGAAGAUUUCCAGUGUGUCCGGCAGCGUCAUCGUCUCCCAGAGACUGUUUGAAAACUUGUGGCACGCCUGUGCCGAGAACAGCGCCGGCCUCGCCGAGUGCCGAGACUUUGAAUCUAUGCUAGCCCUCCCAGUUCACAUGCAGGUGUGUCGUGCUUUGAUGAUCAUUUCCCUGAUGCUCGGCCUCAGCUGCAUGAUCGUGUCCCUGCUUGGAAUGAAGUUCAUCAAGAUCGGCUCGGCUGCCGACCAAUCCAAGGCCAAGCUUGCACUCACUGGAGGAAUCAUGAGCAUCCUUGCUGGUCUUUGCUGCAUGAUAGCUUGCUCUUGGUAUGCUUCCAGGGUGGUGCAGGACUUCAAGAACCCGCUCUAUGGUGGCGUGAGGUUCGAGAUGGGCACCGGCCUCUACAUAGGCUGGGCUGGAGCCUGUCUGGGCAUACUGGGCGGAGGGUUUCUCUGCUCCUCGUGUAAGAGACUGUCACCAGAAGGCAAGAACGGUGGUCUUUACGGGAAACCGCCACAGAAGAUCUACACAGCUACAGCCAGGUCGGAACCAGAUUCGCCCAAAGCUUAUGUCUGA